CCAAAACGGACUACGUCCUGGCAAUGCUGAGAGAGAUUGCUUGCUUCCUGUUGACUCGUGUGUGAAUAGAUUCCAGGACCACCAGCUCCCACGCAGCGCUGGCACUAUGAUGCAGGAUCCCAGCCCGUACAUUGAAGAGACAGUAACUGUGGAGGAGGACCCCGAUCACGCUCCGUCCGUUGUCUCCGUGGAAACGGAUGAGGAUGGUACCACUCGCCGGACAGAGACCACAGUGAAGAAAGUGAUUAAGACAGUCACCACCAGGAUGGUCCAUGAGAUGCCGAGUGACCAGUUCUCUCUGGAUGGCUCCUCAGUACAGGGGGGUUACACUCAGACCCUGGACAGAAAGUUCCGGAGUAACGGCGAGAGCUACCUGGGCCCUCACGGAAGCUCCACAGUGCCGCGUGGUUACUCCUACCAGGAGGUGUACGGGAAGACUCCGACCCAGCGUGUGCCAUACGGAGACCUGGCCCCAGAGAGCUACGGGAGCCUGUCACGUGGCGUCCGCAUUGACCAGCGCUACCAGCCCCCCAUCGAGAGCUACCAGCGAGCACCAGGCAGAAUGGAUGUCUACGGGGCCCAGCCCCAGGUCAGGGGUGGUAGUAACUUCAAUCUGAACCAGUCACACCCUGAGAGAUUUCACUCUGAACCCUACGGUCUGGAGGAUGAUGACCGCAGCGUGGGCUAUGAUGAGCCUGACUAUGGCUUGGCACACGACUAUCCGACUGCCAAGCGAUCGGCCACGCCUUCCGAUCUUCGCAACAGAUACUUCCGGAGCAGGAGCUUCGACGACCCACUGGCCGACGACGUGCGCUCUGAUCACGACACCUACUACUGGGCACCACUGGCCCAGCAAGAGCGAGCGGGCAGCAUGGCCAGCUUGCACAGCGGCCGCAAGGAGCCCAUGGCCUGGCGCCAACCCGAGCUGCCCGAGGUCAUCGCCAUGCUCAACUACAAGCUGGACGCGGUGAAGGCCAAUGCCGCAGCCUACCUGCAGCAUCUGUGUUACCGCAACGACAAGCUGAAGACAGAGGUCAGGCGCCUCAAGGGCAUCCCAGUUCUCGUUGAGAUGCUGGACCACCCCAAGAAGGAGGUUCACCACGCUGCCUGCGGGGCCCUCAAGAACAUCGCGUACGGCCGCGAUGCCGACAACAAGAAGGCCAUCAAGAACUGCGAUGGCAUCCCCUCCCUGGUCCGCCUCCUCCGCAAAGCCCGAGACAUGGACCUCAAUGAAGUCAUUACCGGUACCCUGUGGAAUCUCUCCUCCCAUGACGCGGUGAAGAUGGAGAUUGUUGACCAUGCGGUCCCUGCCCUGUGUGACGAGGUGAUCAUUCCACAUUCCGGCUGGGAGCAGGAGCCCAACGAAGACUCGAAGCCACGGCACGUGGAAUGGCAGGGAGUGCUCACCAACACCGCCGGCUGUCUCAGGAAUGUCAGCUCAGAGAAAAAGGAAGCCCGCCAGAAACUGCGGGAAUGCAGCGGAUUGGUCGAUUCAUUGAUGCACAUCGUCCAAUCAGAGAUAGACCAGAAGGACGUGGACAGCAAGCUCGUGGAGAACUGCGUGUGCCUGCUGCGCAACCUCUCGUUCCAGGUGCACAAGGAAAUCCCAGAUGCGGCCCGCUUCCAGGAGGCAGUGGGUGGCCCCUCAGCGCCCGCGGGAUCUUCCCAACCCAAGGCCAGCUGCUUUGGGGGCAAGAAGGGUAAAGAGGACUGGUUCACAAGAGGGAGGAAAGGUGCUGAAGACCCCAUUGCUGACGCGGACAUUCCGAAGAGGAACACUCCGGCAAAAGGUUACGAGCUGCUGUAUCAGCCCGAGGUGGUCCGCCUGUACCUCUCGCUGAUGAAGGAGUCUAAGAACCCUGCAGUCCUCGAGGCUGUGGCUGGGGCCCUGCAGAAUCUAUGUGCCGGCCGCUGGACGGUGAGUAUUUCUGAAUUCAGCUCUCACUGCCUUGGCCCUGCCUUUGCCAGCGCUGGUGAAAAGCGCCCUGGGUGA